AUGGAUCCCUCGAAUUUUAUAGACCCGAACCUAACCGAGCCGGAUUUAUUGGUUCUAAAGAAUCUCCUGCACGAUGCCGAGCCCGCUAAGCCGGAGAAAAAGGAUUCCGCCUUGGGUGCGCGGAACCGGACAAAAAAGCCUACACAAAAUGGGGCCAGCCAAAAUUCCGAUGAAGACACAAUACAGAAACUGAAGGCUCUCAAUAAUGCUCAGGAUGCUGAGUUUGAGCCCACCGUCUUCGUGACGUGGGAUGUGAAAGACCUUGAAAAGCUGCCCAAAGUAGUUAAAUCGAUCCUGCAGACCUAUGUGAAGGUCGCAAGGCAGCUCGUUCGUGUUGAGACAGACGUGGUAAUGCUCACACAUUUAAUUCUCUAUUUCACGACAUCUGUCCCGAGUGCAAUUCUUCUUUUUCGAAACUUCCACUGGGCUCACGGUGUCGCCCACUGGAUCAUGCAGACCUACUUUGUGGGGACUUAUACACUUAUGAUGCACCAGCAUAUCCAUAUGGGGGGGAUUUUAAAGAAGAGCCUCUGGUGGUUCGACGGGGUUUUCCCGUAUAUCACAAACCCGUUGAUGGGACAUACCUGGAACUCCUAUUACUAUCACCACGUCAAGCACCACCACGUUGAAGGGAACGGGCCCGAUGAUCUUUCCUCGACGAUCCGAUAUCAACGAGACGAGCUCGGCGAUUUUCUGUGCUACGUCGGUCGCUUCUUCUUUUUCAUUUGGCUGGAGCUACCGCUUUACUUCUUCCGGAAAGGGAAAACGGUUAUGGCUGCCAAGGCCGCGUUCUGGGAGUUGGGCAACUACCUUGCCCUUUAUGUCCUCUGGAACUACGUUAACUGGAGGGCUACACUGUUUGUUUUCAUGUUGCCACUCUUGCAGCUGCGCGUGGGCUUGAUGGUCGGGAACUGGGGCCAGCAUGCCUUUGUUGACGAGGUCGACCCGAACUCGGACUUUCGCUCAAGCAUUACCCUGAUAGAUGUACCGAGCAACCGCUUCUGCUACAACGACGGCUACCACACGUCGCACCACUUGAACCCGCUGCGACACUGGCGUGACCAUCCUGUUUCACUUCUCCAGCAGAAGGAUCGCUACGCGGAGGAACAUGCACUCGUGUUUCGUAAUAUCGACUAUAUCAUGAUCACGAUUCAGUUGAUGCGGAAGGACUAUAAGUACCUUGCCAAAUGCUUGGUUCCGAUGGGGGAUCAGGUCGGUAUGACUUUGGAUGAGAAGGCGGAGAUGUUGAGGACGAAAACGAAGAGAUUUAGCGACAUGGAUGUGAAAUCUAAGUUCUAG